AUGGACAAGACGGAGGGAAUCAUUAGAUGGUCACCAAACUCAGCUCGUGCGCAGUUUGUUGCGUUCAAUCUGAAUUAUCGAAUCCUUCAAGUCUAUGAGGCCAAGGGCCUUGCACGGCCAGGAAACUUCGAGUAUGAACCCCUUUCUCGUUACAUUGAUAUCCCCUCUUUGAAUACAUUCGACUGGUCGCCAGUUGUCGAAGGAUUAGUUGCUGUCGGUACUUCUAGUGGCGAGCUUCAAUUACUACGAGUUGACGACAAUUCUAAUGCUGUUUUGUCUCUUUCCAUCAAGCAGCCAAGAGCAUGUCAAGCUGUCGCUUUUAACACUACUGGAUUGCUAGCAAUUGGUCUCGAAAGAGUUCGCAAUGAUGGCUCUCUGCAAAUUUGGGAUAUUAAUCAACGCCUAGCUGAUUGGGAUACUUCUCAGCCAGGAUGGAAAGUCCCAAAUAAUGCGGUCGAGCCGAGAAAGUUAGAGUCGGCCACCGUAACUAGCAUUAAGUUCUUUGAGGACCAACCGCAAACCCUUGCUAUUGGUAUCAAGAACUCUUCUGUCCGGAUCCACGACCUCAGAGACCCGAGUGGUGGAGUAAUCACAUUUCAAACUAAAUGCAACAACAACCUCACCAUCGACUACUCAGAUCCCAACUACUUUGCUUCUUCUUCUUUAGAUCAACCUGGACUCAUGGUCUGGGAUCGACGUGUCAGCACUCGAGCUACUGCCUCUCCGAUGUAUUUGGACGCUUUUGAUAACGAUGGAUAUGUUUGGGGGGCCGCUUUGCAACUAAAGAAGGUCAUUUCCACCGACAAACAAGGCUCAUAUAUAAAAUCAUUGCGCUAUUGUCGAGAGCAGCGUGGAACUUUGGGUGUUCUGUCAAAUACCGGCCAGCUUCAGAUUCUGAAGACUAACAAGGAGUAUUACGAUCCUGGUUCUGAAGAUGAUGUUAAAGGGAGUCCAGAGCUACUUCAAGUCAGGAGAUCGUUUGAUCUCGAAUAUCCAUAUUUCGACACAGAUCGUGGUCGCAAGCAGGAAGAUAGGAUAGUCUCUUUCGAUUGGUUAACACUCGGUACUACAGAUCUACAGCCACGUGUUGUUGCAUUGAGGGCUUCUGGAUCAUUAGAAAUCAUGCAAACACCGCCUACUAGCACCGAUCAAAUGAUGGACUUCAUGCCAUGGCAACAACCACAUAAUCACGACAAAGUGCCAUAUCAUACUUUGAUGGACUUUGCAGAUGCCACCGAGCGUAGAGCGAAUCUUGGCCCUCUUUAUGCAAAAGAACUGAAGUUUAAUACACCCAUAUUUGGAUCGGAUGGAUACAAUACCCUGCAUGUGCAAGAGUCGCUAGCGGCUGCUCUUGACAAAGCUCUUGAACGUCCCGAAGCUCCAGCGUCAGAUGUCAAGAAAGAAACUCCUGGAAGCCAGAUUAGCAGAGCAUCUUUCACGAAGUCGACUUUUGCGGAAGCUAUUGAUCGACAGUUCGAGUUUGUCGACGACCCGGUUCUAGAGACAUUCGCCAAGGGAGGAGUUGUCGGCGCUGAGAGCGUUCAUGGUUCUUUAAGCGAGAAAUUAUCUGCUAUAAAUCUGUUGAACAAAUUUAAUUCCCAAGAUUCAUCGGCAACUAAGAUUUACUCAAGCAGGGAUAUGCACGAGAUCUUAUUGAGAUCUCGCAUACCAGCUUCUAAGGCCGACGCUAUGCUAAUCGAUAAUCUAUUCAUAGAACGUGCUCUUAAUGGGUACUUGUUUGAUUGUAACAAAAACAAGUCACUAGUCAAAGAAGAUCCAUGGCUUAGAGAUGUAUGGUAUUGGACUUCAAUGGCCGAGAAAGCAGCCAAGGAUGAUGGAAUGUUGUAUUCGACCCUUGACCUUAGCUAUUUGGGAGUCUAUACCUUAUGGAACAACAAAUUAGGUGGCAAGGCCGAAUCAAGACUUGUCGAAAGUACUGUUGUUCCUGAUCCUACUCAGUGGGAAAGACUUAUUGCUGUUAUCAACAAACGUAUUGGCUAUGAAGAGUAUACUGGUGUACCAACCAUGAAGCCACAGCAUCGACAGUUAUGCCUUGCUCAAUGCGGCUUUGCAAAACCUGUAGCAGAGCUUAGAGAAAUUCUUACUCGUUUAGAAGGGAGAGGAGAGUAUACCAAAGCGGCUGCACGGGCGCUUUUUGAAGGAGAACCUGAACUUGCAGUUGAUAUCCUCAGGCGUGGAGACAAAGAGCUAGUAUUUGUUGCUGUAGCACUCGACGUUACCACCAAGAGUCCUCCUAACGUUGAUCUGUCCAAUUGGAGCAAGACGCUUGAAGAUCAAGCUCACAUGUCUGGAGAUCCAUAUCUCCGAGCUAUCUUUGGCUAUGUCACAACACGAGACUGGGAGGUCAUCGCAAAUGAGACAGCUUUACCAUUGAGAUACCGCGCUGGAGUCGCUUUAAGAUACCUUAGUGAUCUUCAACUCACAGAGUGGCUUGACAAGGAAAUGGAAGAAGCUAUCGAACAUGGAGAUAUCGAAGGCAUUGUACUUGCCGGAAUCACAGACAACAUGGUCGAUAUUUUGGCGAAAUAUGUUGCAAAGUUUUUCGAUUAUCAAACCGCCAUCCUAAUCAUGUCUUUUUGCUACCCACGAUACAUUUCUGAUAUUCGCUGCGAUGCCUGGCGCCAAAGCUACCAAGCUUAUCUAAAUCGCCAUCAGCAAUUCAUCCUACGAGUCCAAUUCGACCAAGGCUCAGCCAAGAAAUCUCGUCAACGAGACGGCAUUCCAGUUAUCAAACCUCCCAUUCGCCAAGUCACCGUCCGCUGUCUUUACUGCGAUAACCGUUCUUCAAAUGAUCGUCAUAAUGCUUCAGGCGCUGCUCCCGCUCCCCCUAAUUCAUCCGCCGGUCCCUCUUCUUCUGCUGAUGAACGCAAUCCUUUAAUCUCCAGUGGAAUCAAUGCAGGCCUUAGCUGUCCUCGCUGUGGUUCGCACUUACCUCGCUGUGGAAUAUGCUUAGAAAUUUGUGGUUCUCCGAGGUCGGAUAGGCCUGAGCUGUCGACCGAUCCGAUGAUUAAGAGAAUGGGCAAUCAGUUGACUUUCUGUAUGAAAUGUAAACAUGCUGCUCAUAUGGAUCAUGCGAUAAAGUGGUUUGAUAGACAUGUGGAGUGUCCAAUUGCUGAGUGCAAGUGCCAGUGUAACUUUAGGGCCAAUGCAGAUAUUGCUUGA